AUAUUUUCCCACCCUGUAUGAAAGUGGUGUAAAGCCAUAAAUCGCGAAUGUGUCUUUGUUUACACGGGUGAACUCGUCCCGGUUAAUGACGGGCGGCGAAAGCCCAACUAGACAACAGAUAGCCCAUAAUUAUUGCUCCAGAACAACGGCCAGGCGGCGUGGCCACCCGUCUGUUUGAAGCGUGGAGUCAUUCCCAUGUCCAUAUAGAUACGACAGAUGAGCUGUUGAAAGGAAUGCAACCGCACUUAAGUGUUUUACGAUGAUAGUGACCCGGCUGAUUUGAACUGAUAUCUUCGAAUGGAUGGAGUGAUUUACAAACAAGUUAUAGACAGAAGAAAUUUGACUUCCCUGUAGCAUUCAUUGAUGGCCCGUCGCCGGUGGUGGUUCAUGCGGAACUCAUAAGAAGUGCUUCGAGUUGGAAUACGAAAGAGAGAACACGCGGAGAUUUGGUGACUAAAUUUGUGGCGAUUAUCUCGCAGUUUGAUAGGAGUUGAUAUAUUAGUGCCGCAGUGAUAAUGAGAGCAAAUGUAGUUGUUGUUGUUAUUGCUACAUUUUGGCUGAUUCUGUUCGUAGCUAACCUGGACGCAGUUUACGUACCAACAUUCCACGAUGUGUUCAAGCACCACCUGAGGCAAAAUCUGUCCACAGGAGUGACAGAUAUGGCCGUUUUCGACGAUCGAGCCAGCAUCGAUUUUAUUCCAGGGGCAAACGAAUCUCUGUCGCCGAUGGUGUGCGUACUGACCACCUCCAUGGAUGAUCUUCCUCCAGAUUAUUUCUCGAAAAAUGAACGACUCAACGGUGCAAUCAUACUGCAUUUCCUGGCAGCUAUUUAUUUCUUCACCAUUCUGGCUUUCGUUUGCAGUGAAUAUUUUCUUCCUUCGGUCGAGUGCAUAUGCGAAGAUCUGAACCUAUCGGAGGAUGUCGCCGCAGCGACUUUCAUGGCCUCAGCUACGUCGAUGCCGGAGUUUUUCACCAACACAAUCAGCACGCUAGUGGCCGAUUCGGAUAUGGGUCUCGGAACAAUCAUGGGAUCCAUGCUGUUCAACACUUUGGGAGUUGCAGCUUUAGUUGGACUGCUAACGAAAAGUCACGUUCAAUUAGAUUGGUGGCCGCUAACUAGGGACUCAAUAAUUGUCCUUAUUACCACGAGUUCUCUCGUCAGUUUUUUAUGGGAUGAACGGGUCUAUUGGUACGAAUCAGUGGUAUUCGUCGUUUUGUACAUUUUGUACUUCUUCGUAAUGUUUCAAAACGAUCGAAUGAAACGGAUAGCCGUAGACCUCAUCGAAACCCGUUGGAAUCUUUGUAAGCGAUUAGAAACCGAUACUAGAAAUGAAUUUACAGACCAUAAAGCUGGUCGAAAGUAUUCUAUCGCUGUUUUGGGUGAAGCCAUUAACACCAGCAUAGUUAUACCUAAGGAAGAAAAGCAGAUCCCUCAUAGCCCCAGUGAAUCAAAUGAAAAUACCGCAAUCGGUAUGAGACUUUUUCGAAUCUCAACUCAAUCGUGGUACAACAUCAUCUGGUGGUUUUACACCUGGCCGUUUCGAAUACUUGUCUGUUUGACUGUACCAAAUCCACGGGCCUGUCGUAAGCUUUACCCGUUGACAUUCAUCAUGUGCAUAGCUUGGAUCGGCGGCACAUCCUAUAUGGUUUUCUGGAUGAUGUCCAUUAUCGGCAGCACUUUCGAUGUUCCGGAAACAGUGAUGGGACUAACAUUUCUCGCCUUCGGUGGAUGCAUGCCGGAAGCCGUGUCAGCCGUUACAAUGAUAAGGAAAGGAAACGGAGCAAUGGGCGUAUCGAAUUCACUGGGUGCAAAUACGUUAGCAAUCUUGUUCUCACUCGGACUUCCCUGGUUCAUUAAAAACAUGAUGAUGGGAGGAGCUACUACUGGAGCAUACGUGGAGAUCAACUCAUACGGAAUGCAAUAUUCUGUGCUUGCUUUGUUUCUGGCUGUAGCCAUUUUAUAUGUAGUACUGUAUUUGGCCAGGUAUAAUUUGCGGAAGUUGGUUGGACUGGCAUUAUUUUUAGGUUAUCUCCUAAUUGUUGCUUUCAUGAUAUUAGUCGAACUAGAUGUUUUCUUUCCUUCAGAGAAUAUAUGUUAAUUUUUGUACUAGAACAAAGAUAACUCAUUUUCAAGGUGGUUUGGAGAUACUUAAACCUGUAGCCUUUAGACAGUCUUCAGUUAAACCUCCAAUCAGCUUCAAUCAAUACUUAAAAAAUAUUUAUAAAGUUUUAUAGUGAUUUUUUCGAAGUCUGUCUGAAAAUUAACUUGGGAACUAGAGGGUUAAGAAAUUAGGUACGGUUCUAUUUUUUGUUGCUAUGUUGUUAGGCUGUUACGAGCAUUUAUUAUAGAAAGUAAACGUUCAUAUACUUUAAUGAAUGUUUUUUCUUCACACUUUAAUGAAUGUUGUCAGUUGCAUAAUAGCGUAGCAACAAAUGACAGAGAAGAGUUUUACAAUAUCAAAAGUAAGAAUAAGUUUUAAAACUUUUCCUGUCAAAAUAACCUGGAAUCCGCGAAAUCCGAAAUGAACAUUAUUCGAAUGAAUAUUUGUUUACGUGUUUGGUUCAAUAAACUGAAUAUGUUUCACAGGUUUUAGACUUGAAAAUAUUGUUUUAAAAGAGUAUAUGCAUUUUAGCAUACACUUUAUUAAAAUUAUUGUAGCUCAAAAACCUUUGGCUUCAAAGAAAAUUUGUGUAGGAACUAGUUGUGGGUAUUUAAUACUGCAACUUGAAAGUAUACAUACCCAAUGCAAAAAACAAAUUGGUUUAGACAAAGCAAAACUUCCAAAUAAACUCUAGUUUUUUUUGUAUUAAUAGUUGAAGCUAUAACAGAAAUGUUAUUAAAAAGUCAGAAAUGUCAGAUGGUUAAACUCUAGAACAUUUUUGAAAUUCCAGCUGUUUUCGGGAAUAAUGACAAUGUUAAACGAUUCUAGUGGUCAUUUCAAA